AUGAAAAUGUAUAAAGUUGAAAAAUAUGCUAGUGGUGGAGGAUCAUAUGAUGAAGGAGGUGGUAAUAUUAAAAUUGGAAUGUGGGUUGAAUGGCAGAAAAUAUAUAUAAAUCAUUUUAAUAAUUAUAUCACUUAUAAUGGUGAGUAUAAAAAUGGAUAGAAAGUUGGCAGAUGGGAAAUCUGUCUAAUAUAAUUUAAUAAAGAAUCAAAUAAUUGGAAAAAAUGUGUUAGUGGUGGAGGAUCAUAUGAUGAAGUUAGAGGACUUAAGAUUGGGAAGUGGGUCGAGAUAGUAAGUGAGAUAAGCUAAAUUGGUGAAUAUUUAAAUGGUAAAAAAGUUGGUAUUUGGAAAGAUAUAGAUAAUGAAAAUAAAUUGAUAGCUUGCGUUUUCUAUGGUUUUGGUGGUUUUGAGUUAAAUAGAAGCAUGACAUAUUAUAGUUAUCUUUUAGAGAUAGGGAAUAUUCAAAAUGGAAAGAAAGUAGGUAAAUGGGAAAUUUGGAGUAGGAAUAAUGAGUUUAUGGGUGGAGGAUCGUAUGAUGAAGGAGGUCUUAAAAUCGGAAGGUGGAUUGAUUUGGAUAAAGUGAAUAGUUACAAACAAAAGAAUAUUGGUUUAUAUAAAUAUGGGAAAAAGGUUGGUCAGUGGGAUUCCUGGUUGCUGCAUGGCGAUAAAUUAAAUAUGAAAAUUGGUGGAGGAUCAUACGAUGAAGAAGGUCAUGAAAUUAAGUUUGGAAUGUGGAUUGAAUUGGAUGAAAUAUUUAUCUAUUAAAAUUUUAGAUAUAUAACCUAAAAAGGUGAAUAUAAAAACGGUUACAAAGUUGGUAGAUGGGAUAUCAAUCUAAUAUAGUUUGAAAAUAAACACAAUAAGCGAAUUGGUGGAGGAUUCUAUGAUUAAGAAGGUUAUGGCAAAAAAAUUGGGUAGUGGAUUGAAUUGGAUGAAAAGAAAAAAUUCAUACUUAAUGGUGAAUAUAAAAACGGUUACAAAGUUGGUCGAUGGGAUAUCAGUCUAAUAUAGUGUGAUAAUGAAAGAAAUAAGCUAAUGUAAAAAAUAUAAAUAUUGAGUUUUGAAAAUGUGCUAGUGGUGGAGGAUCAUAUGAUGAAGGAGGUCAUGAAAUAAAGAUUGGGAAGUGGAUUUAGAUAUCUAAAAAUUAAAGCUGGAACUAUAAGUAAAUAACUGAGAAUGGUGAAUAUAAUAAUGAUAAAAAAAGUUGGCAUUUGGGUUGAAGUUAAGAUUAAAAGGAACAAUUAAUACAUGAAAGUAAAAAAAAUAAUAAUUUGUGGGAAUUGAAAUAUUUAAUAUAUAUACUUUUACCUCAUAUAUUAUAUUAUA